AAGAGAGAGAGGGAGGGUGAAAUGGAACGAGAGAGUAUGAGCAAGGGAGAUAAAAAGAGAGAGAGAGGGUGAAAUGGAACGAGAGAGUAUGAGCAAGGGAGAUAAAAAGAGAGAGGGAGGGUGAAAUGGAACGAGAAAGUAUGAGCAAGGGAGAUAAAAAGAGAGAGAGAGGGAGGGUGAAAUGGAACGAGAGAGUAUGAGCAAGGGAGAUAAAAAGAGAGAGAGAGGGAGGGAGGUAUCAGGGAUCUGUGUGAAGUCAGGGCAGUCAGACAGUCUUCUUCUCUGUCUCAGUGCUGCUCAGGCCAUCUCUUUCUAGACUACUCCUACUUUUUGGAUUGGACUGUUCUAGGACUGAGUGUUUGGGAAAGAGCCUGUAUUUGGAUAGGGCCGGGGAAGGGUGUGUUGGACUGGGAGCUUAUACUAACUAGUAUUUGGACUACCGAGUCGUGUCCUAUGGAGGUACAGGUUCAAAGUCAGCCACAGCCCCCCACCAUCCUGGAGAAUGGGGAGGCCCAGGACCCUGAACCACACCCUGCGGAGUUCAACGGUCAUCGUCAUGCCAACGGUGGGGAGGCAGAGCUGCCCGUCUCCAAGUCUCAGAGGAGACGCAGCGAUGUCAAAGUCUACAAGGAGUUCUGUGACUUCUAUGCACGCUUCAACAUGGCCAGUGCCCUGGCCAAUGCGAUUUGUGAGCGCUGUAAGAGUGGCUUUGCCCCGGCGGAGAAGAUCGUCAACAGCAAUGGGGAGCUGUACCAUGAGGGAUGCUUCGUCUGUGCUCAGUGCUUCCAACAAUUCCCUGAGGGUCUCUUCUAUGAGUUUGAGGGCAGGAAGUACUGCGAGCAUGACUUCCAGAUGCUGUUUGCUCCCUGCUGCCAACAGUGUGGGGAGUUUAUCAUUGGUCGCGUGAUCAAGGCGAUGAACAACAGCUGGCACCCUGACUGUUUCUGCUGUGACCUCUGCCAGGCCGUGCUGGCUGACGUGGGCUUCGUCAAGAACGCUGGCAGACACCUGUGUCGCCCGUGUCAUAACCGUGAGAAGGCCCGUGGUCUGGGGAAGUACAUCUGUCAGAAGUGCCACGCCAUCAUCGAGGAGCAGCCGCUGCUGUUCAAGAAUGACCCCUUCCACCCGGACCACUUCAACUGCAACAACUGCGGUAAGGAACUGACGGCUGAUGCCAGGGAGCUGAAGGGAGAGCUGUACUGCCUGCCCUGCCAUGACAAGAUGGGCGUUCCCAUAUGUGGAGCCUGCAGGAGACCCAUCGAGGGCCGCGUGGUCAAUGCCAUGGGCAAGCAGUGGCAUGUCGAGCAUUUUGUGUGUGCUAAGUGUGAGAAGCCCUUCCUGGGCCAUCGCCACUACGAACGCAAAGGACUGGCCUACUGUGAGACUCACUACAACCAGCUCUUUGGAGAUGUCUGCUACCACUGCAACCGUGUCAUUGAGGGUGAUGUGGUAUCAGCACUGAACAAGGCAUGGUGUGUCAACUGCUUUGCCUGUUCCACCUGCAACACCAAGCUCACCCUCAAGAAUAAGUUUGUAGACGUGGAUCUGAAGCCUGUGUGUAAGCACUGCUACGAGCGCCUGCCAGACGACAUGAAGCGACGUCUUGCCAAACGAGAAAAAGAGAAGAAGAAGAAAGUGCCCAUGUGUCUAUAAACCUCUCUCCUUCCUUUUUCCUCACUUCCACUUUCCAUUCAUUGGAACAAGUUUGUGGAGUUUGACAUGAAGCCGGUGUGUAAGAAGUGUUACGAGAAGUUUCCUCUGGAGCUCAAGAAGAGGCUCAAGAAGCUGGCAGAGACCGUGGGCCGGAAGUAGACAGACAGACAGACAGACAUGCUAGAACAGACAAAAGUGAUAUCAGAGUGUUUGAGCAAGCACAUGACCUUUGUUCUUGGUGUAAAUUUAGGGAUUAAACCCACUCUACCCAACCCCUCAUAGGUUGAUGAAAAUCAGAUUUGCAAUAUCCUUCCGUCCUUUCAUGCCUGGUUAAAUAGUGACAACCCAUGAGCAGAGAGAGAGACUGUACACAAGAAAGGGUCAUCCCCAAAUCAGUGCCUUUGUCUGAAUACAUAUUCAUAUUAUAUUCAUAUAUAUCCUUGAUAUACUUAUCAAUGUAUCUCAUAUAUUUCAUAAUUAUUUAGCUUAAAAUGUCCCUUCAUAACCCAACUUGUAUAUUUAAGUAUGCAUCAAUGGUCCUGGUAUUUUGUCAGGUGAAUAAAGAGUAUUGAUAAGGUCG